AUGGACUCAUCUGGGGCUUUACGGCCCCUCGACGAGUCCUUACUCCGCGAGCUUCCUCAGCUGUCUCUUCGUAUCGCUCCCCUAAGGGAACCGGUUUCUUCUCGGACACUCAGUGUACCUUCACCACUAGAACCAAACGCUAGUGGUACCAGGGAUUCACAGGCCAUCUCCAAAUCUACGAAUUCUAAUGCAAACAUCUCUCCCAACCCCAAAGCGGGUCUUCCCACUGUGAAGGAGUUUCUCAAUGCCGCACGAAUUAAGAAGACCGAACCUCCCGCAACAGACUCCCAGUCAAAUGUGGAACCACCACCAAAACCAAUUCUUCCAGCUUUUGUAAACCUCCGUGCUAUAGAACGCUUUCCAUUUUCGUCUUCUUUCGAUGACGAUGCCCUCCAUGGACAACGCAAGCGCCGGCGGGUAGACUUUCAGGCCGAGUCUUUCAGCGAACACUUGCAACUGCCAAUUCCACAGGCGCAAAAAGAACAGCGUCCCCCACCAUUUGGGCCCUUCGCAAUUUUGAAUGGAUUGAAUGAGCCGCCGCCAAAUGCGGCCAUUCUUCCCCCAAUAGAAGCAGGUUCCUCUAUCACGCAACUUCUGACGAAACCAACUCGAAAUGAUGCGACAGUCGUGGACCUUGGAAGCUUGGUCUCUACAGGUGGUACACUCGCUGAAGGCCAGAUCGUAGAGAGGAAAGAGGCAAGAAUUGAGGAGCUUCUUGAUACUACACUUGACGAAGAUGAUGACGACGAUAACGACCAUGAGAACGAUGAUGUGCAACGAAUUAUUUUGCAUGAUCCAGAGAAGGUGCCUCAGAUGACUGUGGACAAACGAGAGGCUCUUCAAGAACAGAGUACUAUGGCGACCCCUGCACUGGCUAUUGAUGAGCCUUUGCCUCCUAAAACUCGAGGUCGCUCUCGGAAGAAUCUCCGGAGGUGGACCGAACAGGAGACUACGGACUUGCUUCGGGGUGUGGUCAAAUGCGGCAUUGGCAAUUGGACGACUAUCCUUGCACAGCCGGAACUUCAAUUCAAUAAAAGAACAGCCUCGAAUUUGAAAGACAGAUUCCGAGUCUGUUGUCCCUGGGCAUAUCGUGCAUCUGAUCCAAACGAGGCCAGAAAACGGCUACGGGAUAAUCUUGCCAGUGCGCUCUUGAAAUCCCAAACCCAGGACUCUGAUGGGAACCCUGGCAAAAUCCACCUCCCUCAACCAAGUCUCAUGAAUGCCAGUUCAGAGCCUAACUCUGGCUCUGGGAGCCCCUCCAACAGCUCACACAGGCCAUCUGACUCGAGCGUGUCAUCUGUAGCCCCAGAGACGGACAAUGGGAAGACUCCCCAACGGACGUUCCCCUCGGGCAAAGCCCCAUCUUCACUAUCCAAUAAGUCACACACAACAUUGGCAUCACUCGGAAUCCCAGAGCCACACAUGACUAUGAAGUCAAAACGACGGUCACGAUGCCCGUUCACCAGCGCAGAAGAUGAGGCUCUCCUAAAAGGCUACGCCGUCCACGGCUUCCAGUGGACCUUGAUUCAACAGGAUAAGAGACUCAAUCUCGGUCACCGCCGAGCAACUGACCUUCGCGACCGAUUUCGCACGAAAUUCCCGCACGCUUAUCGAGAAGGAGGCUCCGUUAGUGGAAAGGCCAUUCAUACUCAAAACAAUACCCAAAGUCUAGCAGCAAGCGUGUCAGAAUCAAGACCCCGGGAUCACCCACCCAGCAAUGAUUCAACUCCGACAAAACCCUGUGCAGCGGGUCAUCGCCGCCCCAACAUGCAUAGUCGACAUGCAUCUACGGCCUCGAACUCCAAUCCAGGAUCCAUAGAUUCCGCAUUUUUGCCUCCACCACAGAGCUUGUCGGAGCUCUCUGCAGCUAACACAGUCCCCGGCAUGCUUUCAUUCCCUAUGGACGAAAGUUCUACGGGAGGGGCGUCUUCGCCUUGGGAAGAUAAUACUCUCGCGCCUAUGAUUUGGGAUGAUUUGGGCUAA